CGCGCUGCCGGCGCGGGGCGCGCUCGGCUCGGAGCGGAGCGGAGCGGGCGGCGGGGGAAGAUGGAAGGAGCCUCCUUCGGAGCGGGCCGGGCCGGGGGAGCCAUCGACCCCGUGGAUUUCCUGAAGCAGCCGCAGACCAUCCUCCGGGUGACGACCUGGAUCUUCUCCAUCGUGGUGUUUGGCUCCAUCGUGAACGAGUGCUACGUGAACAAGGACAGCCAGACCCCUGUGCUGCACUGCAUCUUCAAUGAGAAUGAGAGUGCCUGCAGCUACGGCAUCGCCGUUGGCAUCAUCGCCUUCUUCGGCUGCAUCUUCUUCUUUGUGGUGGACCUCUACUUCCAGCAGAUCAGCAGCGUGAAGGACCGCAAACGGGCCGUCCUGCUCGACCUCGGCUUUUCAGGUUUCUUGUCCUUCCUGUGGUUUGUAGCCUUCUGCUUCCUUGCAAACCAGUGGCAACGGACGACGAUGAGCAUAGGGGUUUUGCAAGGAGCAGACGCUGCCCGCGCAGCCAUCACCUUCUCCUUCUUCUCCAUCAUCGUCUGGGUGGCGCUGGCGGUGAAGGCGCUGCAGCGGUACCGCCUGGGGACGGACAUGUCGCUCUUUGCCACGGAUCAGUUCGGCGCCGAGCCCGGCGCUCCCUACCCCGGCUACCCCAGCGGCAGCGGCGUGGAGAGCACAGACACCUACCAGAGCCCCCCCUUCACCGAGACCUUAGACACCAACCCCAAAGGUUACCAAGUGCCAGCGUACUGAGGGGCGAGUCCUGCGGUGCCGUACCCUGAGCCGGUCGAUUGCAAAUGUAUUCAGUCCCAUUUCCUUCAUGUGGCGAGUCAGUGCUGGGUUCCUUACUAUUAGCUAGUUGUGCAGUGGAUUCUGUACAGUGGUAUUGGUUCUUGUCUUACCUGUCCAAGGGUUUUAUAAAAGCAGUGUUCCCUCUAAGUCAGAAGGAAGGAAGGAAGGUUGCUACCGCAUCACCUCCCCGUGGCGAGUGAUGGGGAAACCUCUGCCUGAGGCUUGGCACCGGGCUGUGCCUGGGACACCUCCUCCUGUCCAACACAGUGACUGGGGAGCUGUUCCUUAUCUCGUUCUUCCAGAGCUAACCCAGAACCUCGUGGUGGCAAAGGGGGAGUCAGCUCCGUGCUGCUCGCACCGCAGAGCUCUCCUGUACACGUCCCACGGCGAGGGCCAAACCCACAGAGAGAGAU